AUGUUCAAACCCAUCAUUCGCCGCCUGAAUCCAAUCGCACAGCUUGCCACUCUCUCACCCAUCAGUGCUAUCAGACAUCACCGUCGCCGUUACAGUACGAUGCCCAAGGGAGCAGCAGCGGCUCGCGGCCGCAAGCGCGCCGCCGCCGAUGAGUACGAGAACGACGGCUUUGUUGUCGACGACGGAUCCACAUCCAAGAAGCCCAAGACGGGCCAAUCGGCCAAGGGAAAGCAGGUUGACAACGAGGGCGCCGAUUACUGGGAGCUAUCUUCGAAACGCCGCGUCACCAUCUCCGAAUUCCACGGAAAGCCCAUGGUCAGCAUCCGCGAAUACUACGAGAAAGACGGCGUGCAGGCGCCGGGCAAGAAGGGAAUCGCUCUUAGCCUCGACCAGUACAACGUGCUCAUGGAAGUCCUCCCCGAGAUCGAAGCCUCACUGGCAAAGAAGGGUCAAACAGUGGUGAGGCCGAAUUUCGAGGGCUCGGGCAGUGGUGCAGCCAACGAGGAUGCCGGCGACGCAGGCGGCGACACGGUCAAGCGCAACCACGAGGCUACGAGUGACGAGGACGACGAAUAA